UUUAUCUCAUAAGUCUUAAAAAUGAGCUUAGAGAAGCAUAUUUUAAAUAUUCUUAACGACAGCCCUGAAGGGCUCUCGGAUGAAGUACUUUCAAAGAAGUUGAAAAAGGUCAAGGAUGAAGACCGUUUGACUGCAAUUAAUGCAUUACUUUCUACAUGUAGAAUAGAGGUCACUGAGAAUGCAGAUAAAGAUAUCGUUUAUAAAUAUAUCAGCGAGGAGGAAGCUCAGAAAUUAAGAGAGCUAUCACCUGAAGAGGCGAUGAUAUAUAAGUUCAUUGAUGAAUCUGGCAAUAAAGGUCUUUGGAUCACUGAUAUUAAGAAGAAAGCAGGUCCACUUUCUUCUAAUGCGAGUCAGAUCGUCAAAAAGCUUGAGAAGAAAGGAUUUAUUAAGGGCGUUAAGACUAUUAAGGCUAAAAAUAGGAAGGUCUGGAUGCUUAUGAGUGUCGAGCCAAGUCCAGAAGUCACUGGUGGGAUCCUAGCUGAUGAUGUCUUUGAUCUUGAAUUGAUGGAUCUCAUUGGUCAGAAAUUAGUUGAUUAUAUUAGGUCUCAGGGAAGAGCUGACAGAAAGCAAGUAAGCAUCUAUAUAAGGUCUCAAAAGUUUGGUCAUAUGUCAACCGGCGAUAUGAUGGGAACUCCUAAAAUAGAUUUCUCAGAUGAAGAUAUUUUUAGAAUUCUUGAAACAAAGGUUUAUGAUGGAAAAAUUGAAGCUGUUGAUGAUGAAAAUAACAGAGAUUAUAUUCCUUCUGAAGCUGGCUCUGUGAUUCCCAAUAAGACUUACAUCGCAACAAGUUGGUAUGUUCCAAAGAUGAUUUAUACUCAGUUAGCAAAAUACUAAGAAUUAUCGCAACCAAUAUUUCAACCU